GUCCUAUUGUUAUAUUAUCAUUUGGAGUUAUAAAAAUCAAUUGAAACUUAAUUUUGGUAACUGUUUUAAAAUACCUUUGUAUCAUUCGUUGCGACAUUUUUUACGACAACAGAUUCAAAACACGCAACACGAGGGAAGACAAAAAUCAACUAUAAGACCGAUGAAAUAUAAAAUGGAAGAUUCGUCAUUUGAAGAAGAACCAUCACGAACAAGGAGGCGUCCACCUCGAAGUAAAAAUAAAAAGCAUACAAGUAUGAGAGGAAACCCAGAGGGAGACAGUCUGUAUCAAAAGCAGCCAACCAAGAUAACAGCCCCACCUAACACAGACAACGAGGAUUCCUUCGAAGUUCAUUCACCCAAAAAACGGAUGAAAAAAAUGGAACGCGAUGUUCAAGUCAUAGAGAGGAAGACGAUGAAGAAAAAGAAAUCCAUGUACAGUGAUACAGACUUGUCUUCAUUGGACGUUACCGACACACCAGAUACCCUGAGUCAAAUCAGUGCUAUUGCACCUGUGUCAGAUGUGUCCAUGAUGACAACAUUCAGAAAUCCCAGAGGUCGACAUGACAUGACAUGGGAGAAAGCAGUACAGAAAGCCAGAGGGCAGCCUGACGGUGCAGAGAGGUCGUUCAGUAGGAAGAAGAGCAGUAAGGUGGUGAUGACGUACAACAGACCUGAAGUUAUCCGAGAGGUGGCAGAGGGGGUAGAGUCAGACAAGUCGGUAGAAAACAUUCCAGCCGUGGCAAAUAUAGCAGAAGAAGAACCUCAGCCUCUAGAGAGAAGAAAGUCUAUCAAGGUUAAAAUAAAGAGGGCAGCAAGCAAUGCAGCUGGAAAACUGAAGACUUUGAAGACAAAGAAACAGUUGAAUGAAAGUCGCACAACACUAGGGGUCAAAAAACGUAAAAUUGAUGAAUCACAGAUGGAGGAAAAAUCUGAAACAAAAAAGACCAAAUUGAAGGAAUUGCCAUUUAGGGAAAGAAAGAAAGUUAGAAAAAUGCUUAAAAAUAAUUAUGAAGCCAUUCAAAGGUCAAAGAAAAUUUGGGAAGAUCUUAGAAGACAAGACCUAUCUGAAGGCAAGAAGGUUGCUUUGUGUGAUGAAUUACUGGAAAUGGUUAAAGGAAAUAUGAAAGAGUUUGCUUUUGCUCACGACACAGCCCGAGUGUUACAGUGUUUGAUACAGUACGGGUCUCCAGAGCAACGGGAGGUGGUGUACCAGGAAAUCAAAGAUCAAAUUGUUUUAAUGUCAAAGUCCAAGUAUGCAAAGUUUCUUGUGAAGAAAUUCCUGGUUUACGGGCCAAAACCAAUGAAAAAUGCAGUUAUCAAAAGCUUUCAUGGAAACGUGCGGAAGUUGGUUAGACAUGCUGAAGCCUCGGAUGUAGUGGAGUUGGCCUACAAUGAUUACGCCAACGCCAGCCAGAGGCUGUCUCUACUGGAGGAGUUUUAUGGACCUAGUUUUACUCUUUUUAAGACACCAGACAUCAAGUCUCUAGACCAGCUGUUACUGAUUCAGCCAGACAAGAAAGAAAUGAUUCUCAGCAACAUGAAGGAGGCCCUGCUCACACUGAUUGACAAAACAAUAUUAGGACAUUCAAUGGUGCACAGAAUCUUCCAUGAAUUCUUUGCCCAUGCCAAAGAUAAAAUGCGAUCAGAUAUGAUUGAGUCCAUAAGGGAGCACCUUGUUCCCAUGAUGCACACAAGGGACGGAGCGAGGACGGCCAUGUAUUGUUUGUGGUAUGGAACAAGUAAGGACAGAAAGAUCAUAAUGAAGAGUUUCAAAUCCCAUGUUGCCAAGAUUUGCAAAGACGAGUUUGGAUACUUGGCUUUGAUUGCACUGUUUGACACAGUAGAUGAUACCAAACUUGUGGGGAAAAUCGUUCUAGAGGAAAUAUUCAAGUCCCUGCAUGACAUUGCUCAGAACCAGCAUGGUAGGAAGGUCCUCCAGUAUUUGUUGUGUCCCAGGGAUCCCCAUUUCUUCCAGCCUGACCUAGUCCGAAUUUUGAAGGAGGGAGACAACAACCCCCACAGUAAGAAGGACACUGCACUUCGUUACAAGGAAUUGCUGACAAUGGUGUCUCCACCUUUCCUACAGUACAUAGUGGAUCAUGCCCGAGAUUUAGUCCUGGAAAAUGCCUCAUUGCUUCUAGUCUUGUCAAUUCUAAACUAUUCACUAGGUGAUCCGAGUGAAGCCAUGAAAGCAGUCGCUGAGAUAGCCGCAGAACCAUUCGUAGCCGGCAGCUUAGAGAACCAGCACAUCGUGGAGCAUCCAGCAGGUCACAUGACACUGAAGCAUCUGAUACAAAGAGACAGGGAGAGGAUACAGGCCGGACAACCUGUGCUAUUCUCUCAAGUCUUGUUGAGAACUCUAAAAGAUGGGUCUUUGAAGUCCUGGGCAGCUUGUAACAGAGGAUGCUUCACCCUCUUAUUUCUUCUGGAAGUGGAUCAUCCGGAAAUUACAGACACAGUCAUUAGCCAGCUGUCUGGAAUCAGGAGUUCACUAAAGAAAAUGACAUUUAGAGGAGCUCAGAUCCUGUUACAGAAGUUAGACGCAUUAAGCGGGGAAUAUAAACUGUAGAGUCAGAGUGGACCGAGACAAAUCAUCAAAUGUCAAAAUAAACAAUGGAAUGUCUAAGAUACUGUACAUAUUUACACCAGUAACAGGAUAAUUAUAGUUUAAUGGCAAGCUCAAUGAAGAGAAAAAGUGUGUGCUUGCAAGCUUGGGUGAUUGAUGAGAUGGGAUGAAAAAUCAUGUGUAUUUUUAAUUCAAGUGAAAAUUUUAUUACCUUACAGUUGAGGUUGUUUUGAAAAUGUAAUCAAACUUAGAGUUGUCUGUCCAUUGGUGAGGUUAAGAGAAUGUUGCUGUAAAGUAUACAACACUUUAAAUUGAAAGAUAGAUUUUGAACAUCCUUUUCUUUCUUUUUACAUUGUAAAUAAAAAUUGCAACACAUUUUUCAGAUGACUGAACUUUACAGUUAAAAAUUAAAAUCACCUGUUAAAAAAUUAUAUACAUGUAUUUAAUCUCUCUAUUUAAAAGAUCUUUGUACAUACUAAUCCUACAAAUUAUGUUUAAAAAUACCCAAGGAACAGACAAUUUUAAGUAAGAAAAUAUUAAAUAAAAGUGAAAAUUUAGGAAAAGAUUGGAUCUGAUGGAUUCUGUCUGCCAGGGCAUGAAAUUGUUCUUCUCACAUUCAUAUCAUUUUAAAUAUGUGCAGUUUACUUGCUGUAGAAAAUCUUUGUACAUAUUGGUAUUACAUUUGGAAUGCAAAAAAACUGUAAAACAUGUAUUUUGUGAAAUAUAUUGUACAAGUUUACCAUCUUUAAUUAAAUUUUUGUGAACUUGUUUAAAGUACAACUAUCCAAUUUUAAUUAAAACUGGUUUUAUUAUCAUUAUGAAAAAAAAAGUCCUAUAUCACCCUAUUUGUUGUCAUAGGGAUUGGGAGAUGUGUUGUAUUUGUAAGAUAAAUGUGAAUUAAAAGCAUACAUAACAGAU